AUGUCUGAUGUAAAUGAGAUACACAGGCUGCGGGAAGACGUGUUACCUCCAACAGUGUACACUCGUGUGACAUGCUUUAUCCCUGAGAUCAUCACGUUCAUUCAGAGCAUCGUGGACAAGGGCUAUGCAUACAUUACAUCAAGUGGGUUGACAGGUUUUGGAUUACACCCUGAAGUCAUUAACGUUUUGGUUAUGACAUCUUACCCUAAACAGUGCGAUGCAUCUCCUACUCUUGAUGCGGUGUUUAUAGAUGAACCAUCAAAGAAAGAAGCUUUGAUUGCAUUGCUUAAACAGUAUGCUCGUGAUAAGAAAGUUGAUAAUUUUGGUCGAGCAUUAGCAGCCCUUCUAGAUUCAAGUAAUCAAAAACAAAUCUUGGAUGACGUCAGGGUAUUCGUUCCACCAUCUCAAAAGGACAGGUUUAGUCUGUACUUUAGUAAAGAUUCUCAGUAUGCUGGCAGAAGCAGAUCUGUUUCAAUUGAUCGAACGGGUGGAUCAUUUGGGUUCAUGUUGGUUGGGUCAGGCCCAGUAAUGAUUGAAUCUAUUGACUCAGGUGGGCCAGCUGAUUGCGCUGGCCUUAGACCUGGGGACAAGAUAUUAAAGUUGAAUGGCUUAGAUGUAAGGAAGAAGACACAUGAACACCUGAUUCAGCUUCUAAAAGGAAGUGGAAUGACACCAACACUCCUGAUAGAGACAGGGAAUCCAGCAAAUCUCCCUCCUCCAGUACAGCCCCAGGAAGCUUUAUAUGUAUCAUCCACAAUGAGCAUGAUGAGUGGUAUGUCAGUAACAAGCCAAGUAUCAUCAGCUACUGGUUGGCUUUCUGAGAGUAUGCACAGUAAGGCCACAAUUGAAGAUAUUGAGGAGCUGAGAGCUGGUGGAAUAUCUAGACCUGACUUCUUUACUUUGGGAAGAACAUUCAAAGAGAUGAUGGAUCAUCACCUGACAUCAAGAGAAAAACAACUGAUUAAGAAGGCAUUACAGGAAUAUCAUAGAUCUAGGAAUCUGGAUGGCAUGAUCAUUAGUAUUUUCCCUGUGCUUGAUACCCAUGCAAAAAAGACUAUAUGGCCAUAUAUUAUACAGAUACUACCUGAUGAGCAGCAAGAAGUCUGCAAGAAGAAAGUUAUCUACCUGAUAGACAGACAUGCUGCAGAAGCUGUUUAUGGUAACCCAAAUCGUUUGUGGUUAGCAAACACACAUCCAGAUGACAAUGACAGCCAGAUCAAGUACUCACGAUCACCAUUUUCACGUGGUGCACGCUAUGAUGUAGCACCCUCACAGGGUGAUGUUAUAUUCCAUAAAAAAGACGAUGAUGAGUUUUUCCAAGUUGCACAAGCUGCAUUUAUACUGAAUAAUAGUAAAGGUGAUCGUCGGUUGUCACGAAGAUCAUUGGAUUAUAAAUCAGAUGAUAAUGAGAGCCACGCUACAAUAUCGGAAGUUGAGGAUGGUGCAUUGCUGCUGAGUAGUCGGAAGACUGAUAGAUCCUAUGAUCUGAGCAUUCCACCAUCUGAGGCACAAUUUUCGCCACUUCAUGAAAGCCGUGUUAAGUCCAGCAACAGUUCUAGAUCAGUUUCACCAAAUGGCACUUUAGUUGGAAUGGAUAAUGAAGAUGAAGAUGAUUUUACAAGUCCAGAACCAGAAGUCUUUAUUCCAGGUAUUCAUAGUCCAUCACCUUUGAGCUUUGAGUCAGACAUGUUUGAACCCCCGGAAAGCACAUCAGUUGAGACAACAAAUACAUCAAAUUCUCUAGUGUCUCCUCAGGAAGGUAUGGUUUUGUUAGACCAUUAUGGUGAAGGUAUCAGUCUAAACCAG